GAGAGGAUAACUAACAUGUCUGGCCGCGGAAAGGGAGGUAAGGGCCUGGGGAAAGGAGGCGCUAAGCGUCACCGCAAAGUUCUCCGCGACAACAUCCAGGGCAUCACCAAGCCCGCCAUCCGCCGUCUGGCUCGCCGCGGUGGAGUCAAGCGCAUCUCUGGCCUCAUCUACGAGGAGACCCGCGGGGUGCUCAAGGUCUUCCUGGAGAACGUCAUCCGCGACGCCGUCACCUACACCGAGCACGCCAAGAGGAAGACGGUCACCGCCAUGGAUGUGGUCUACGCUCUCAAGAGGCAGGGACGCACCCUCUACGGCUUCGGAGGCUAAACCCUAACAUCCAUCACAAUUAACACAAAGGCUCUUUUAAGAGCCACCCAUAUACCUUGAAGGAGUUGAUGUUUCUUAAUAUUUGGAACUGAAAUUUAUAAUUAAGCUACUCAGAAGAGAACUUAUCGUAACUUAAAUUUGUGCAAAUGAAAAUCAGUGAUGUCACAGCGGUGCGAAUUGCCAGAUCAACACAUAAAUGCUAUAUUCCGUUGGCUGCAUGUCAAAACAAUUACACAGCAGUCUCCUUUUCUGAAAAGGAUAAGAUCACAACACUACCGGAUUUCCUGCUCUGCAUGCUAGGUCUUAUUCUAUUCUCAUUUGCUGUGACCUGGCGAGUCUCUGAAACAGCAAACUUGUGAGCUCUUAAUUAUAUUAAAUCCAUUUUUAUUUGUUUAUUUUUUUUUUAUUGAAUCCUACUAAGGUUGAACAGAAAUAUUGCAAUUACAUUUCCCACUUGAUGGUAUAUUAAAAACAUCACUGUU